UGCAAACUAGACUGCAUUUGAAAUCUCCUAAGAUUUCUGCAAAUCUAACCUUGUGGUGACCGUUGUAUCCAUAUCUAUAUCCCAGAGGGGUUCAUUACCGGGCGAAUAGUUUUAUUUAGUAUUUACUUAGAGCCAGGAAAGAUAAGUAUAAGACUGAUAGGAGAGUUGCAAACGCUAUCUAGUGCAUUUUAGUAUCGGAUUUACAUCGGAGUGGUGCAAGGGAUUACGCCUGGCCAGCUAAUAUAUAUAUUAUAAAAUGGAAAACUUGGCUGAACUUGAACGCUUGAUCAUGUUUGGCAUUCAUGGGCUUAUCACGAUGCCCGGCUGGCGUUUUACGUGAUUCUUGAUAGUUGUCGCUGCUUUAGCCGGAAUCUGCAAUAACAGUUUCGCCUCGGGAGCACAAAUUAGUCAGCUCCGCUGAUCCAUAAGUUGCACCGGUGCAGCAAUGCGAUGCGAUCCGAUCUGGUGAUAGUGAGAUAACCUGGCCGAAGGUCGCUGUAUUACGGUUGGAAUAUUUAUAGUUGCGGGAUGUGGCUAUUAAGCCGCAGACGUCUAUAGUUUGACGUGAUUAAACUGACGCAGGAGAAAAUGUUUCGUGAUGCAAGCAGAUUGUUUGGAAAAAUAAAACAGUUUUUAACGGUCGAUAGGCCGGCAAGGCUAACUGGCGAUAGCUAAAGAUCGAUAUUAGGCCGGUGUCACCUCUAUCCCUUAGUGUGACCGUAUAUUCCCGCAAUUGUUUACUAUUUGUUUAUAGUCAUUAUGGAUCCUUCAAUUAUUGAGUUUUUUGGUGAAAAGUGCAUGAUCAGCAUUAUACCGAACUUCUCCAACGAACCCCUGCAUCUUAUAUACGGAUCUGUGGGUCCCUUCCGGGCGGGUUUUCCCGUCUUUGUGCCCCUGUGGAUGGCCACGCAUCUGCGCAAGCAACAGAAGUGCCGGAUUGUGCCGCCAGAAUGGAUGGAUAUGGAUAUAUUGGAGGAAAUCAAGGAGGAAGAGAACCGAUCCAAAUUCUUCACCAAGAUGCCCUGCGAGCAUUACAUGGUCGUGGCCCAGUUGGUCAUGAGCACGGCGCCGGAUGAUGUUCCGCGUUGCGAGGAGCUGCGCACUGUGAUCAAGGACAUCUUCGACAUACGCGAGUCCAAGCUGCGCACCUCGAUAGAUGCCUUUAUCAAGGGAGAGGGCACCUACGCAAAGCUGGACAACCUGACGCUGCUGGAGAUCCACAGUGUGCGGCCCAUCCUACCCUAUUCCCUGGAUCACAUAGCUCGAUACCAGCGCACGGCCACCGCCUCCCAGAGGGACACCUCCAUGCUGAGUGCCUCGAUGGCGGGAUCCAGUUCGGGGCCCAAUAGCAACUCUCUGUUUUCCCAGUGAUUGUGUCAUUGUAGAGCUAGUUCGAGUAAAUAGAGAUAGUGUUAAGCAAAUUAUUGGUGGCUUUUGUUUUCUCGUAGAAAUAAAACCAUUUCAACUUCUUAAA